AUGAUGAACUUCGCAGCCUACUUGAUCCUCGUGACCUCCGUGGUCCAGGCGGGCCUGCUGAGGAAGAAACACGGGUCCUGUCCCCGGGUCUGUGAUGUCUCUCAGUGUCCGGCCGCGCCGCCCGCCUGUUUCUACGGACAGGUGAGAGACGCGUGCGGCUGCUGCGUGGUGUGCGCGGUCGGGGAGGGUGAAGCCUGCCGGGACCAGAGCCGCGGGUUCCCCUCCUGCGCCGACGGCCUGAGGUGCGACACCGUCCCGGACGGUGCGGAGGGCCAGCGCAGCUCCUGCGUGUGCGUGUCCUCCGGCCCGGUGUGCGGCAGCGACGGCAGGACGUACCCGAGCAUCUGCCGCCUGAAGGCCGAGAACCGGAGAGCCGAGCUGGAGGAGACUUCCCCCGUCAUCCUCAUCCAGCGGGGUAACUGCGACUCCGGAGUAAAGAAUCCUGGAAGUAUGCGCUACAAGUUCAACUUCAUUGCAGAUGUGGUGGAUAAAAUUGUCCCAGCCGUGGUGCAUCUGGAACUUUUCCAAAGAGUGCCAUUCUCCAAUGAGGAGGUCCUUGUCUCAAGUGGCUCAGGGUUUAUAGUAUCUGAAGAUGGCUGGAUUGUCACUAACGCUCACGUCCUCAAAAACAAGCAUCGGGUGAAAACUGAACUGAAAAGUGGUGUGCAUUAUGACGCCGUGAUCAAAGAUGUGGAUGAGAAGAUAGACAUUGCCCUGAUCAAAAUUGAGCCAGAUGGUCCUCUGCCGGUGCUGCGUCUCGGCCAGUCUCUGGACAUGCGUCCGGGAGAGUUCGUGGUGGCAGUGGGAAGCCCCUUCUCCCUGCAGAACACCAUCACCACCGGCAUCAUCAGUGCUGCCCAUCGUAAGAGCCUGGAAUUGGGCUUCAAGGACUCAGACGUGGACUACAUCCAAACGGACGCCAUCAUAAACUAUGGCAACUCUGGCGGGCCACUCGUCAACUUGGAUGGAGAUGUAAUAGGCAUUAAUACACUGAAAGUGGCGGCAGGGAUCUCGUUUGCCAUCCCCGUAGACAGAAUCCGCCAGUUUCUUGCAGAUUUCCACAAGAAACAAUUCAGCAGAAACACAGAACAAAGAAAGAAAUUCUUAGGCAUCCGGAUGCUGCAGCUCACGCCAAUUUCAAUCCAAGAUAUCAAGGAACGUAUACCAGAAUUCCCAGAUGUGAAGACUGGGGUUUAUAUCUAUGAAGUCAUGCCUGGGACAGCUGCCUCCAGCGCUGGGAUGAGAGACCACGACGUCAUCGUCAGGAUCAACGGGCAGACCAUCCACACCACCAAGGAAGUCACCAGUGCUGUCCAGAGCGGCACUCUGCUCUCAGUGGUGGUGAGGCGGAAAGAUGGGGACGUUAUGCUAACAAUCACUCCUGAAGAGAAGGACUGAGGCCGCCAGAUUCAGGCUGUUGGGUUUGCUUAACUGGAUUUUGAGAACAAUGUGGAAAGAAAAUGUCACUGUAUGAGUUUGGGUUGUUGGGUGGCAGCUACUGUCAAAACCUCUCCCAUCAGAUAUAGAGUUGAAAAGCAGCACAAAUGUGAAAAACGCAUUAGAAAACCUUCAGUCAACAUGAAAAGCAAAUGUUUUCCAUGGCCAAGGGAGGUCAGUGCACUGCAAUUUAAGUAAGCAUGAAAAUCACCACAGUAUAAUUAAAGAAAAUAACAUGAAUUUAACAGCACUGCUGUUGCAAAUGUUUGUAAUUAUAAACAAAAGGACAAAAAAGGACCAGAUCGCCAAUCCUCUUCUGUCUAACUCGUACCACUGUUAAUACAGCUUUACAUAAUAAUCCAGACUGGCUGGCUUAGUAAUCAUGAGAAUUAAUUCAUUACAUUUUUAAUAAAGUAUAAACCACAGUUUUUUUUAAGUUGAGAAGCUGUGUAAAAUGUUAAUGAUAAAAACAGAAUGCAAUAAACACACAUCUUGUCCCCAACAGAACAUAAACAACAUAAUGCUAAAACAGAAAAAUGUUGUCAUUUUAUGGAAAAUACUAUUUCAUUUUAAAUUGGAUGGCAGCAACAUCUCAAAAACGUUGGAUCGGGGCAAACAAAGGUUGGAAAAUCAAAAACAACUGCAGGAGUUUUUGAAAAAUGUUUGGUUCAUUUGCAAUGGGUCAGUAACACACAAGGUAUAAAAAGGAGCCGGUGUUUACGCUGUAUUUUUAGUUAUUUUACAAUCUCUGCCCAACUUUACAUCUGAGAGGCUCUCCCAGAUACAGCUAGGCAGAGGUUUACAUAUCUGAGACAAACUGCAUCAAAUAUGGUGCAACAAUUACAGGAACAUGUUCCUCAAUGUAAACUACAAAGACUUUGAAGACCCACCAUCUACAUUGUAUAAUAUACAGUAAUCAAAGGAGUCAGAGAAUCAGGAGGAAUCUCUGUGUACUGGGCAAGGCCGAAGGUCAAAACUGCUUCUACUUCUUUGGGCCCUCAGCCAAUACUACAUUAAAAACAGACGUGAUUCUCUACUGAAAAUCACUUCAUGGGCUCAGGAACACUUCCAGAGAUUGUUAUCUGUGAACACAGCUCGGCAUUAGCUUACAGCUCCAUCAUGCAACGAAGAAGCCACAUGUGAACUCAAUCCAGAAAGCUGCUGUUUUCACCGGGCCAAAACUCAUUUAAAAUGUUCCGAGGCAACAUGGAAAACUGUAGACCAUGGUUUUUGUGUUGUGCCUACAAGGGGGAGGGACCAUCCAGCUUGUCAUCAGCACUUAGUUCAACAG